AUGAAUGGGUAUAGUGAAGACGAUUCAUGCUGCUAUUUCCAUCCUAAAGAAGUGGUUGUUGGGGUUUGCCCUUUGUGCUUAAAUGACAGGCUUCUUAUCUUGGCUUCAGGGCAAGGCCAACGCUCUUCAUCAUCUAGCAGAGGCAGCCAUAGUUUUAUUCAAGGUAUUUCACAAAAAAAACCACCCAUCCACCUCCCCAAGAUCUUUGCUUUAGGCUCACUUCUUAACCUUCUUGAGUUCAAGCAUUGGAAAUCUGAUAAUUCUGAUGAUCAUGAUACUUCAACCAGUCAAGAAGACUCCUUUAUCUCAAUCAAGUUUGAAGAAAAUGGUGUUGCUUCAUGGGAAAAGGGCACAGUUUCUAAGGUCUCACUUGAGCAUUGCAGCAUGAACUGGAACCCCACCUUCAUCAAGGAGCAAAAGGAGGCUAAUAAGAGUGUGAUAGAGCAUGCAAAACCACGUGCCUCACUUAGGUGGCAAAAGCGGAUUGGCCACUUGUUCCAUCUCAUCAGGUGGAAGAGGUCCAGCAAGGCCAAUGUGUGCCACACGGGCAGCAAGUUAGAGGGAGUCAAGGUGAUGAGGAAGGGCUGGAUAAGGACUCUGACAAAGAGGACCAAAGAAUAAUAAAGAGUUUUAUGUAUAUAGACGGGCACUAUAGCUUUCCUCCACCAUACCAAUUUGUGUGUUGGGCUCUUAUUUGUGAUUGUAAAGUUCUAUAUAAUUGAGAUGGUAGAGUCAAAAUAUACUUUAUCACCCAAAAGUGCUUUGCCUUAAAGUUCAUUGGCUUCUUCUUGUAUUCUAUUCUUAAUUCUGAUAAACAGAACAAGCUGUUCCUAAUACAAAAGAAAUAUUUUCUCUCCCAUACUGAUCUUUGAAGUGCAAAAGCAAACACCCACCAUGUCAAUUGCACAAAGUGAGGAACAUUUUGAGCAUAAUUUCACAAGGUCAACAUGCCCCCAAAAUAUAGUGCCACAACUUGUCUCAUUGUUGUCUUGGUGGGAGAGAAUCUUGUUCCUUCUUCUAAUCUCUUAACUAAUUAAGUUAUAUUGUAAAGAGUCAUCAAUCCUCUAGUGUCCAUAACAUGUUUCAUAGACUUUGAAAAUUUUCAUCAUUGCUCUUGGGGAUUUCUGCCCCACGUGCCAG